AUGAAUUCUUCCAAUCCGCUCAACGUGUACAAAGGCUCCAAGUCCCUCAUCAAUUAUUACGAUCCAUCAUGCCAGCCACCACUGCCUCUGGUUGAGAUACCAGUGUCCCUUAACCCCUUUGCCGCUGACGGUGUCCAUAUAUAUGCCAAAAUGAUGACAUUUCUUCCAGCCCACAAUGUCAAGGCAAUGCCGGCACUAAACAUGCUUCAGAAGAAAGCGAGAGAGGCUUCGAACAUAGACACAAUUGUCGAAUACAGCUCUGGAUCGACAAUCAUCUCCAUGUCGGUCAUCUCCAGGAUCCUGUAUGGAAUUGAAGAUACCAGAGCGUUUCUGAGCAACAAAACAAGUGAAGCAAAACUCAGGUUGAUGCGGUUCUUCGGACUGAAGAUAACUCUAUUUGGUGGCCCAUCCCAACCCGAGCCAUCAGAUCCUCGAGGAGGGAUCCAAAAGGCGAAGGAGAUGGAGGGAUCAAGUGGUCGUGUCUUCAAUCCCAAUCAGUAUGAGAACAAGCAGAACUACGAGUCGCACCAGAGAUGGACUGGUCCUCAAAUACUCGAUCAGCUGCCUGAGAUUGAUGUCUUUUGCACUGGGAUGGGAACAGCCGGUACAAUGACUGGGACAGGCACGUUCCUGAAACAAAACAAGCCGAACAUUAUUCGGGUUGGCGUCUGCACGGCUCCUGGCGAUCGUGUUCCUGGCCCAAGAUCCUUCGCCCUACUCGCUCCAGUCCACUUCCCCUGGCGCGAUGCUGUUGAUGUGGUAGAAGAGGUUGGUUCUCGAGACUCGUACAGGAUGUCAAUGCUCUUGUCACGCCAAGGCAUAGUGUGUGGUCCAUCUUCCGGCUUCAAUCUCCAGGGUCUUCUCAAUUAUCUACAAAAUCGCAAGAACAAUGGAACCAUGCAUGACCUGCGUGCAAGGAACGCGAGUGGCGAGAUCCAUUGCGUAUUUCUCUGCUGCGAUUUGCCGUAUCAGUACAUUGACGAGUAUUUUGAAAAGACGGAUGAUCAGGACUUCCAUCCUAUCUUGAACAAGAAUCUGAUUGGUGUUGACAAACACCGCUACGACGAAUCCUGGGAAUUGAGUGAGUUGUUGAUUACCGAGAAGCUAUACGGAUCGACAAGCGGCCUACCCGAUUUUCUCCCGAGCGAGCUUCGAACAGACCAUAUGAAUGGUUGCCCCACAACCCGAUUGGAGAAUUCAGCAUGCUCCACAAUUUAUAUGACACCUGAAAGCUCGCCUGAGCUGGGUGACGCACCUUUUGCCAAAACGACGUGUACCCUUCAGAACGGGACCACCCUUCUCGAUCUCCGCACUUCCUCAUCUUAUGCAAGAAGCCACCCCCCUGGCGCCACCAACUUUCCCCUUUCUUCCCUCAUGGAGACCUCUCCCUCCCCUUUCUCAGACUCUAAUACGCUCGAGCUCCAAUGGCGUGAGCUCGAAAGCCUCUGCACGCCUGAGACUCUGCAGCUCUUGGAGGGUAAGACAGUGGUCUUCAUAGACUAUGACGGAGACACAGCGAGAGUUGCCACCAGUGUCUUUAGGGCGCGCGGCGUUGAAGCGUGGAGUUUGAGGGGUGGGGUUAAGGGGUUGGCUACAGAGACAGAGAUCGAGACGGAGAUGCAGAUGGAGACGGAAGCGGAAGCAGAGACAGCAUCUCUUGAUGGCCUGAAGGGGAAAGGACCAACUGCGUCUGUGGGACUAGGAAUUGGCAAUGCUGGCUCCAAUUUCCUAAGCCUUCAGUAA